CAUGAUAAACACGACUCUGUCUGUGGAGUCUUUGUUCUGAGGACAACGAACACGGUGGGAUGAAUCAGAGCAGUCUCUGGCAAUGGCGGCCAACCAGUCGGAACACUGCUGUCACCACCGUUAUCUUCUUCCUCCUCCUCUUUGUUGGCCUGUCAGUCUUCAUGGGUUGGUUUGAUGUUUCUAUAUUUUACUCAGGUUUUUCGCUUCAGCAACAAAUCCUCUCGAAUCACAGAAUAGAACAUCCCCUGAAAUGCGGAAAUCAAACAGAAAUUACAUGUCCAAUGUCAAACUACCCCAACACCACGUACAACGUCACCAAUCCGGUCAAUUCAUCCGGCACCAUGUGUCCAUCAUACUUCCGGUGGAUCCAUGAGGAUCUAAGGCCGUGGAAGGAGACCGGAAUUACCAAGGACAUGGUGGAACUGGCCCGUAAGACUGCGAGUUUCAGGCUGGUGAUUGUGAACGGGACGGCCUAUUUACAAAAGUACAUGUGGGUAUUUGAGACUAGGGAUAAGUUUUCUUGGUGGGGAAUCGUACAGCUCCUCAGAUGGUACCCUGGAAGAUUGCCCGACUUGGACAUGAUGUUUGAAUGCGGUGAUCUGCCGUUGAUCCCAUCACGGAACUUUCAGGGUCCAGAUGCUCGUCCUCCGCCCUUGUUCCGCUACUGUUCCAAUGAAGAGAGCUUGGAUAUCGUCUUCCCCGAUUGGUCCUUCUGGGGCUGGGAAUUUAUGGAAGAGUCACUGGUGACAUCUCCUAGCAAUUCAAUUCCAUGCACCCUGCCUCCCCCUUACAAUGCGACAGAGAUGCGAGAAUUUCUUGACAGCAAAGCUAACGCAACCAGGAAAGUGGAGAUGUUGGAAAAGGAAUAUUGGGAUCACAUAAAGAAGAAGCAAUGAGGAAUGAAAAUAAGAAUAUACUGCCAAACAAAAAUAUUGAUCGGUAAUUGUGUAAAGGCAAAGUUCAUUUUGUAAGGAAUACAACAGGGGACGUGGAAAUGUUUUGUCAACAAAAAUAGAUUCUAGUGCAAUUAAUUUUUAAAUGCUGACAUUAUAUUUAUGUUCUUAUUUUAAAUAAUUAUGGUACACAUUU